ACAAAACAGUUUUGUAAUAAAAAAAUGAUUCUUGAGAGGUGAAAUACAAUAUAAGAAUAAAUAAAUCUUUUAAAUAUGUAAUAAAAAGAGUUAUUCCUCUUUGCACACAAUGCUACAUAUUAUUUAUAUUGAAAAUAUUUUCACAUAUGUGCUCAAUACACAUAAUUAACAUCACUAUAAGGAUUAUUUGAGUCAUGUUAUUUAUAUAUAUGAAGCAUGUAAUCACAUUGGUUGAAGCAAAAUUUCUGUCACUUUCUGUAUCAAAAGGUUUUCCCAUGCAUAGCUAAAAUUAGACAUAUUUCUCUCAAGUUAUGGAUUCAGACAGAGCAAUACAAAUGUAAGUUUAUUUUAAAGUUCACAAUUUUUUAAUAACAAUUGGUCAUUGAUGUAUACAAUUUCAGUAAAAAAAACAUCAAUUAAUUCUUAUGUUCUUUCAAUAGAGGAGAAAUUCCUGUUCAGAAAAUGUCUGAGUCGGUGUAUGUGAGGAUGUGUCACAAGAUAGGGACCCCACAACAGGUGGCCUUCAGGAGAGAUAUAGUGGAUAUGAUGGAGUUGUUUAGGAAUCAACAUGAUCUGGCGAGAUCAAUGAUGAGUGGAAGUAGGAGAGAAGGAUUUAGAUUACAUGGUUCAGAUGUAGACAUUAUGUACUGGCCAGCUAACCACCGAGUGAUCUGGGACUUCUCUCAGUCUGAGUAUUACAACAUACACCGACAGGUACUGAUUCUCUGUGACAGUUCUGAGAGUCCAGCAGGAUUUACGUUACUUUGGUUACCAUUGGAAAGAGCUUGCCAGGUAGUGUUGUCAUCGUGUGUGAGGAUGAUUGGGGGACUCUAUCUAUCAAGUUUUAAAUAUACAGAGACAACACCUGAUUCUACAAUACAUGGACCAUGUAGCAGUGGAACACUAUAUGGUUCACUAGAAUAUGAUGCUGCUCAUUGUUUUGUCAGUGAUUUUUGGCCUCCCUCUGCCUCCUCAUGGAUAGACAGAUGUCACUCAUGGCCCCCACCUCAUGUUGUCAAUGACAUCAUCAGAAAUGGAUGUCACUUUGUAGCAAUAGGUCACAAACUAGGAAACCAUGAAGACAACGAAUGGAGAAUUUCUUUCUCUCUGGCAGAAAACAAACUUGUGUAUUCAAUGAAUCAUACACAGUUCUUAACUUACGGUUUGUUGAAAUUAUUCUUAAAGGAAAUAAUUAACAAUGGAUUAAGAGAUGAGGAUAAACUACUGUGUUCCUACCACAUGAAAACAGCUGUUUUUUGGGCCAUUCAACAAAACACACUACCUCACUGGUGUCCACAAAAUCUCCUGGCCGCUUUCUGGGUCUGCUUCAAACUUCUCCUUAAACGGGUGUAUGAGGGGAUCUGUCCAAAUUUUUUUAUUCCAGAAAACAACAUGUUUUUAAGCAAAAUUCAUGGCCAAGCACAAUUAAGUUUAUUCAGGCGACUGUAUGGGUUGUAUGAGAAGGGUAUAGCAUUGCUGCUACACAGUCCCUCCAUCAGGUCCUCUAUCAUUGAUGUCCUCUGUAAUCCCAGACUCACGGUGUGUACUGAUGAACACACUCUGAUUUCUGAGGCUGAGUUUGAUGUACAAUUAUUUGGUGAGAUAUAUAGCACUGGUGCCAUACAAACAUUAGACCUACAGGACUGUAUGAAGUACCUACACACAGUAGAACAGUUGAUAGAUUCUCCCCUGACACAAUAUCAAGUUGUAAGUUUACAGAAAUAUACAGCCACCAUCCUUCGGUACACUGCUUUUAUAUUACACAACAUAUACAUAAACACAGGUGUCAACAAACAGAUGUAUAUUGCACACAAAAUGUCAAGGCAUAUGCUGAAAUUAGCGGCCAAGUUUGGGUAUGUUUCUGACAUGUUGUACAUUGCCAUGUAUUAUUACAAGACACUCAGAUACAGGGAAGCUUUAUCUGUUAUAGAGAUGACAAAGGUCAAGUUAGUACAGCCAUAUCUGAUGUAUGAAGAUCAUGUAGACAGAGAGAGGUAUACUGAGGCUGUAGGGGGACAGUCCUGGUCUACAAAGAUGAGACAGGCUGUAGCAAGGGAUAUCACACUUCACAGUGAAAUAUGUUACAUUAGUGAACUAUUACUGGAGCAGCAGUCUAUUAGACAAAACAGAUGCCAUACAUUGUUUAUUCCACUGUUUGUACUGUUGCACAUGUUAGAGUUUUUGUGCUCCAGACAUGUUGACACAAUAACAGCACAAACAGCUCUAGAUGAUCUACAGGUCCUAGUCCACCAUGAUCAGGGACUGUAUAUAGGUGAUAUAUGUAGAGACAUCUCCUGGGAGAUCCUGGGGAUCUGUCAACAGAUGGCAGGAAACCUCCAGACUGCCUUGUACUCAUUCCAACAGUCACUCAGGCAAGUUCCAUUCAAUAAAAUACAAACUGCUACCACAGAAAGAAUCCAAGACUUACACUUUUACACACCUCUAUGAAGCCACAAUUUACACUCUUAGUUAGGGAUAUGAAACAUUCAAUAACAUGGAACAGCCAUAUUAACAUGUUAUUUAGUUAGCUUCCUUGACAAAAAUAUAGUGCCAGAAAAUUUGUGGAGAAAAAUCUUUUUUGAUCAGGAGUAGAUAUUUAUUAAUGACUGUUUUUUUCAAAAGUACAUAUCGAAUUGGUUAAGUAAGAUUGAAAGUUUCAUUUAAUCUUACAAAAAUAAAUAUACUUAAAGGAUGUGAAGAUGUUUAUAUUUGUGCUCAUGGCGCAUGAAUAAGCAUAGUUUAUUCGUAGAAAAUUGAACGUCGCAGAUUUCCAAUGCAAACACAAGGGGAAAUAUACACUGAUUGUAAAUAUGUCAUCACCUAUAAUGUGGAUAACGUCUUGAACACUUUAACAUAAUAAUCAGGACUGU